ACAUACGAAUAGAACAACAAAGAUGGUGGCGAGAAUGGAGGAGGUCGACAUUACACAAUAUUACCACAGCAAAAUUCACAUGGCGGUGCUCACUCGGAAUUACGCUUGCCUGAACGAGUUGUUGUCUGCUCUUCCUUCAACUUCUGAUCCGUCAAAGAUCCAGACCGAAGAAGACGCAAUCGCGGGCAUGGAGGCCGCCGACGCAAGAUCUACUCUGGUUGACGACCGGGACGUGCCUAAUCGAGACACUCCUCUUCAUCUUGCCGUCAAAACGGCAGACGUCACCUCUACCUUCUUGCUCGUGGAACGCGGCGCGGAUUGGAGCCUCCAGAACGAAAAAGGGUGGACCGCCCUCGAAGAGGCAAUCUGUCUAAGAGAGGAGGAGAUCAUAAAGAUGAUACUCCAGCACGCCGGACAAUUACAGUGGGCUAAAUGGCGCGUAAGGCUGCCUCUUGUCGUUCGAGACCUGAGGUCGAUAAGUGAUUUCUCCGCAGAGAUCACUUUCCAGUUUGAAAGCUCGGUGAUCCCGUUCGUAAAUAAAAUCUCUCCGUCAGACACGAUCAAGAUAUGGAAAACGGGGUCUAACUUGAGGGCGGAUACUGCAUUACUUGAUUUCGACGUAUUUAAGAGCAAACGAUCAGAUCACACCGUUUUGUUUCUCGGAGAAGGAUCGGAGGACGGUGAGGUGUCGCCGGGCUCGCUGGUGAUACUUUCGCACAAGAGCAAAACGGUGAAAAACGUCCUCAGCGGGAAGAAGGCUUGGCUAUCAGAAGAAAAGAUCCGACAAGAAAUCUCGACGAUGUUAGAGGAAAACAUCUAUCGACCAGGAGUGGACGUGACGAAAGCUUUCGUAGCACCGUCAAAAUCUGACAUAAUGAUCGGUCCGUGGAAGACCGACCUAUAUCACAUGCACGAUGCGACACUCAGUUUAAAAUCCCGACGAGUACUUGACGCCGCAACGCAAAGAGGUGAUGCGUUUUCGGAGCCGAUCAGUGCUGCAUCUGACGUUGAUUCGGCGACUAACGAGGAGAGAGGAAAGAAAGGAUGGUACGGGAAUUUGAAGGAAAAGUGCAGCAAGAUCAAAGGGGAUGCGAACGAGCUAAUGAGAUGGUCUCCGUCAAAAAGUUAUAAAAGGUCGACUCCGGCAAAUAAAAGUAGCAAUACGGAGAAAGAGAAAAGCGUGGAGAGUGAGUACACAAUGAAGUUCAAGCCUGAGCUUUGGCUUACUUAUAAUUUCCCUCUUGAGGUUGGAGAGCUUUUACCGUUGUUCGAUAUCUUGGGCUAUAAGAUCAAGCCAAUUCGGAGGUUGAAAGAAAUUCUUAGCACUAAACUUCCUGCCGGGAGUUUUCCAGUCAAGAUAGCCUUUCCUAUUGUUCCGUCCGUUAAAGUCGUCAUCUCGUUCACAAAUUUCGAAUUACUACCGCCUGCAGAUGAAUUUUACACGCCUCCUUGUUCGCCCCAGAGAGAGAAUCUCAUAAUUGAUGAUUCGAAUUUGAAGCCUAUAAAUUAUGCCCAAGAAAUUCAGGACCCUUUUGUAAUUCCACCGGAUUAUAAAUGGAUUUAUGAGGGAGAAAAGAAAACGAAAAUUCAAGAAAGCAGAAGGGCUAACGCACGACCUGAAGACGUUAUUUCUGUUGGAAGUCCAUAAGGAUGCAAUGUACCCUCAAUUAAUGGAGGGCAAAACUUGGAACUCAAGAAUUACAUCGUCGUAGAAUUUUGUAAAUAAGUCAUUAGGGUAGUCUAAAAAGUAGGAAAUAUCUACCUAUUAAUUUCUAAUGUUUCUUGUGUUACGCCAUGACCUUUGUUCAUUAUUUGGGACAUAUAUUUCUCCAUGGUGCUUUGAACUGAUAAUCCUAGUAUUAGAAUAUUAAACUGAGUUUUGCGUGUAGUUGCUAAUAUUCACAUAUUUUUC